CUAAAUCUGAAUAAAAUUUUCAUAAAAAUUAGAGCCUAUUUUUAAUACAGAGAGCAAAAGGAAAGAAAGAAACCCUUUUAAUCUCUUAUCGAAAAAGAACACAGAAAUGGGUAUUUCUUUGAAAUCUACAGCAGCGGGAUUGUUCCUGUUAAAGAACCACAAUACCCAUUCUCCAUCUCGCUUUCCUUCAUUCAAACCCUUAGUUUCAACUAAGAGAUUCACUCCAAUGGCUGCUGUUGCUACUUCUCAAACUCUUGGCAUUUCUGAAACCUUCUCUAAACUGAAAAAUCAAGGCAAAGUUGCAUUCAUCCCCUACAUCACAGCUGGUGAUCCCGACCUUUCAACAACAGCAGAGGCUCUUAAGGUGCUUGAUUCAUGUGGCUCGGACAUAAUUGAACUCGGUGUACCAUAUUCUGAUCCGCUGGCUGACGGUCCCGUAAUCCAGGCUGCGGCUACGCGUUCUUUGGCAAGAGGAACCAACUUGAAUGCAAUUCUUUCGAUGUUGAAGGAGGUGGCUCCACAGUUAUCUUGCCCGAUUGCUUUAUUUGCAUAUUACAACCCAAUUCUAAAGCGUGGGGUUGAGAAAUUUAUGUCCACUAUAAGGGACGUAGGCAUACAAGGACUGGUGGUUCCAGAUGUCCCUCUAGAAGAGACCGAACUUUUGAGAAGAGAAGCUCUCAAAAAUAAGAUUGAACUGGUAAUGCUUACAACACCAACUACGCCGACAGACCGAAUGAAAGCGAUUGUUGAAGCAGCGGAAGGAUUUGUGUACCUCGUGAGCUCAGUCGGAGUUACCGGUGCCCGUGCAUCUGUUAGCGAUCGGGUUCAGACUCUUUUAACUGAAAUUAAAGAGGUAACAACCAAGCCUAUUGUGGUUGGCUUUGGCAUAUCGAAACCCGAGCAUGUGAAGCAGGUUGCCAGAUGGGGAGCUGACGGUGUGAUCGUCGGGAGUGCGAUUGUGAAGGUGCUGGGUGAAGCUAAGUCUCCUGAGGAAGGAUUGAAGGCGUUAGAAACUUUUACCAAAUCCUUGAAAUCUGUACUUCCUUGAAAGUUUUAAUGGGUACUAAAUCAGACUGGAUACUUUUUUCCAUCGAAAUUGGAAUUUCUUUGAAAUAAUGUUAAAAUCUUUGGUUUGAAAGUACAAUUUUGUGAUCGAAUUUGGUUUUUAGAUAUUUUUUUAAAGUUAAA